CAAUGAUCGGUUUAUAUAUCUUAAUAAUCAAAUAUCAUUAUAAUAAUAAGUGAUGUCCAAUUUUAUUCAAUAUUUAUUUUUUAUAUUUUAUAAUUUCAUUUAUAUUUCAACUGUAUUAUCAUAUCAAAAUAUAGAAACAAAAUGGAUACCAUUAAUUGGGAAUUGGAUAAUUUCUAAUCAAACCAUAUCCAAACAAAUUUAUACAAAAUUUGGUCUAGAUAGUUAUAGUACACAAUGGAUAAUUGAUAAUAAUAAUAAUAAUCCUUUCAUUGAUGAUAAUGAUGUAAAAUUAAGAUGGAUAGCAUAUGAUAAUUGGACAUUUACUAAGAUUUUUAUCAUUGAACAAUUCAAUUUAAAUAAUACUAUAGAAUUAUAUAUAGAUGGUAUAGAUACAUUUUGUGAGAUCAUUUUAAAUAAUCAUUUAUUAGGAGUUACAGAGAAUAGUUUUUUAUCAUAUACAUGGAAAAUUAAUCACUUAUUAAACUUAAAACGAAUAAAUAUAUUAGAAAUAAAAUGUAUAUCAACUGUAUUGAUGGCAAAGAAAAAAGCGGAACUAAUGAAAGUUAGAAAAAAAUCGAUUCCACCACCAUUUUGUUGGCCAUCUAGAUUUCAUGGUGAAUGUCAUGUAAAUCUUGUUAGGACAACACAAUCAAUAUUUGGUUGGGAUUGGGGAUUAACUUUACCUAUUCAAGGAUUAUGGACAUUACCUCAGUUGGUGGUUUCACCUUCAGGUUUAAGAUUCGGUGAAAGAUUUAAAUUCUAUGCUUAUUCACAACAUGAUCAGUUUAAAUUAUGGAGUGCUGAAAUUGAUGUAGAAAUUGUAGUCAAUAUGCCGUCAUACAAUCGUCUGUCAAAAGCAUGUAUCUAUUCAUAUAUCGAAGAAUUAAAUGUAUUUGGAAGAAAGUGUUUUGGAAUGGAAAAUGAAAUGAUCACUAUGGAUGUGUUACGUAACCAAUCAAAAGUUAAAUUAUGGUGGCCUAUUGGUACGGAGAGUGGACCAUAUCUUUAUACAUUAGUACUCUACUUAACAGUUGGUUUCAACAAGAUUGUUGAUAAAAAAGAAUAUUCAAUAGGUUUUCGUGAAGUGGAGUUAAUUGAGGAUUAUGUGGAUUCAUCAUACAUUGAAUUAGGUCGGACAUUUUAUUUUAAGAUUAAUGGUUUGCCAAUAUUCAUAACAGGUGCUAAUUGGAUACCUGCAAGAUAUAUGCCAGGUAGACAGUAUAUUUUAAUGCAUAAUGUAACGAAUGAUCGUAUUUGGUUAGAAAAACGACUUCUUCGUUCAGCAAGUCUAUCAGGAAUUAAUUUAAUAAGAAUAUGGGGUGGUGGACGUUAUGAAGAUGAUGAAUUUUACAAAGAAGCAGAUAGGCUUGGUUUGAUGAUAUGGCAUGAUAUGAUGUUUGCAGUAGCUACUUAUCCAGAUAAAGAAAGAAAUGAUACUGUUGAAAAAGAAAUCAGAAGGCAAAUAUCACGAUUACACUAUCACCCAUCUAUUAUAGUUUGGUCGACAGAUAAUGAAGUGAAACAAGCUAUUGCAAAUGGUUGGUAUGGUCCACCAAUGGAUUUAACAUUAUUAAGUAUAUUUAAAUCUAGAUUUGUCGAGUCAAUAUUUAAUGUGAUCAAUGACGAAGAGAAUGGUCGAAGUUCGGCCAGACGUUGGGAAGCUUCAAAAUAUAAACCUAGAAGAUGUCUUAUCUCUUCACCUGGUAAUGGAUAUCUAACAGAGAAAUUCAGAGGAUUGGAUCCGGACCCAGAUAACCCACUAUAUGGUGAUAUACAUUAUUACACGUAUUCUGGUGAUUUAUGGUCAGAAUCUAAUUAUGUACUAGGACGUUUUAUAUCAGAAUUCGGCAUACAAUCUAUUCCGUCUCCAUUAGCUUGGGCCAGAUCAAUUUCAAAUAUAUCGAAUCCAAAACAAUGGGAUGUAUUCGGUUCACUGAUGGACCAUAGGCAACAUCAUCAAUUAGGUCAUCAAAUGCUCAGAUUAGCGCUUGAGUACAUUACGGAACCAGCAAAUAGACAAGAUCCGAUUCGUAAUUACAGUCGAUGGGCAUAUGUAAGUCAAUUAAAUCAACUCAUGUGUUUACGUACUCAAAUCAAUUUAUACAUGAGGCAUAAAUGUCGAUUAAAAUUAACAAAUUUUACAAUUAUAUCAACUAAUAAAUUUAUCACAAUGGGUACAAUAUAUUGGCAAUUAAAUGAUAUUUGGUCAACACCUAGUUGGUCAACUAUAGAUUCAGUUGGUCAGUGGAAAUUAUCACAUUAUAAUGCUAUAAAAGAAUAUUAUGAUCUAACAAAAUGGGGACGUAUAGCUAUACAUCAUAAUAAUGAAAUAAUUGAAGCUGAUUGGAUACCAAAUACAAAUCAUAAUAAUUUAUUUCCUAUUGAAUUUGAAUUAAUUUGUUAUACAAUUUGGUCAUUUAUACCAACAUAUCGUGAAAUUUUAAAUAUUUCUAUAAAACAUUUCAUUCAAUGUCCAAUAAAUAUAUUAAAUAAAUCUUUAAAUGAUUUAAAUAAUUUAUGUCAUUUUAAUUAUAGAAAUGAUAAACCAAUACAAAUUAAAAUAUGGCCUAAAAAUGCUGGAAAAACUUUACAAAUUAAAUCAAUCAAAUUAUUGAAUAUAAUGAAUAAUUUAUUAAAAAUUCAAAAAAUGGCACCAUUUUUAACUAAUUAUAUUUAUGAAAUUAUAAUUGAAUCCAAAUCACCAGAAUUAUUUAUUAAUUUGAAUAUAGAUCCAAGACUUGAUGUAGAAUUUUGGUUUUCAAUAAAUGGUUUUCAUUUAAUAAAUGAAAAUGAAAAAAUAAUACAUUUAUGUAUAUCAGGAAAUAAAACAAUUUCAAAAGAUGUAUUAAAACAAUAUUUAUGGAUUGAAUCACUUGCAACAUUGAAUAUGAAAGAAUUGUGA